AUGGAUUCUCCAGCAUGGAUGUUUACUAAAGCUCUCAGUCACCGUCAAAAAGUGAUGCGCCUUUACAAAAGGGCUAUUCGUGAAAUUGAUUCUUGGUAUGGUGGUGACAUUCUUGAGGUACGUUAUCAAAAAGUAUUGAUGAGAGCUCGUUUUGAUGCAAAUAAAGAUGUACCUGAUCCAAGAAAGGCUCAAUUAUUGUUAGCUGAUGGUUGCCGACAACUAUGGGAAAUGAGAAAUCCUAAACCUUUUAGAUUUGCUUCUGAUCCUGGUGGUUCAAGUUUUGAUCGUGAACGUCAAUCUUCAGAUAUAUUACUUGAUACACAACAAUGGACAUUUGCUGAAAGAGAACAAUUUCCAUAUUAUUUCAAUAAACGUGAACAAAGGAAAAAAGAAUUACUUGAAUUUUGGGAUAAAAUUGACAAAAGCUGGGAUAACCAAAUUGCAGCUAUUCAAACUGAGUUACCUAAAGAAAAAGUUACAUCAACAACUCAAUAA